AUCAUCACCAUCAACGGAAAAAGCUUGAACCACUGUUUCCGCACGUCCGGGCCGAGUCUUUGACUCCUCGGGGCCUAGCCGAGCCGGGCGGAGCCAGUUAUUGAACAGCGAGCCGGACAGCCAGCGCUGGCAGCAGCGGAUCAGGAUGUUCUCGCGACGCUUCGAACCGCCUUCCAGUUCUCACAGCAACAAGAGCUUUUCCAAGUCUGGCAGGCAUCGUAGGGCGAGCUCGUCAUUCGUCAAAGAUGCCGGCAUCUCCAAGAGACCCAUCGAGUCUGGACGCCGCCGGGCUGGCACCGUGUCAAACGCAGGUGCAUCGGAGUCCACCUUGGGUAACCCCAUCUCGCCCAUCGUCACUCUCAUAAUCGGUCAAGAGCAGAGGAUCUUCGCCGCUCAUGAGAAUGUCCUUGCCGCUUCGCCGUUCUUUCAGAGUAUCCUGCAGCAUCAGAUGAUGGACUCGCAAACCAAGAAAAUUUCGCUGCCCGACGAAGAGCCCGAAGUCUUCUCGUCCGUUCUCGAGUAUCUCUAUAAGGGCGAUUAUCACCCGCGUCUGGUGCACAACAAGAAGCGCAACUGUUGGGAGUUGGAACAGACUGGCGAGGAUGGUCGCUCCGAAGCCACUAUCUAUCACCCCAGCGUCGACGGCGAGCUGCUGAAGGACACGGCCAUCUACUGCGCUGCCGAGAAGUAUGGGCUUGAGGAGCUGAAGCGUAUCUCUCUGCGGAAGCAGGGUCUUCAAUCCGGCAUUCAAGCCAGCACAAUCCUCACAUCGGCUCGCUAUGCGUAUGCCAACACCCCUGACACCGACUCCAAGCUACGCGCGCACUAUCUCGCCCUCAUCAUCCGGAGCCGUAGUACUUUCAAGCGUAGCGGCACCAUGCAACUCGAGAUGUUCAACGGCGGCACCCAGCUGUUCUUUGACCUGUUCGUUGCCUUGUGCAACCAUGUUGAUGACAUCUCGGCUGCGGCCACCACACCUCGGACACCUCACAGUGGCCGCCCUUUCUAGGCUUUUCCCUUGCAUCUCUCACCACUUCUUCUGCAAGAUUAUCGAUACCCAACACCUCUCAACAACAAAAAGAAAGAUACCUGGCCCCUUCAGGCGUUCUCGACUCUGCGAUGGAUG